AUGGGGACAGAGAAGCGCCUCGAUUUCCCAGCAUCGCGCCAGCAAAGAGGCAACCUCUCGCGAGUCCCCUGGCCAGGAGCCUUUCUUCAGGCUCCUUGGGGGGUGCGAUACCUCACCCGCCUCUUUCUGCCGGUGCGCAGCCUCAUCCCCAGGAGAUUAGCUUAUCAAAGAAACGACGACGAUGACGAAGAAGCGGCCCGAGAGCGCCGCAGGCGGGCCAGACAGGAAAGGCUGCGGCAAAGGGAAGAAGAUGACGUGUCCGGGACAGAGAAGCCCGAAGUCAAUGAUCAAAACAACAUUGGAGACGAAGAGAGCCAAGGUUCCACCAAAACCGUUACCACCGUUACGAACACUCAAGGGGAUGGGGAAGGUGACGAGGCUGUGUUCUUGGAGAGGAUGGCCAGGAGAGAAGAACGGCGCCAGAAACGUCUCCAAGAGGCCUUGGAACGCCAGAAGGAAUUUGACCCGACAGUCACUGACGAGAGCCUGUCGUUCACAAGCAGGAGAGAAGUGAACAAUGUGGAAGAAAACGAAGCCCCUGGGAAAGAGGACAAAGUCGAAACUCACAGAGGACGCUACGAGAUUGAGGAAACCGAAACCAUCACCAGAUCGUACCAGAGGAAUAAUCUGAGACGAGAUGAGGAAGAUGAGAAGAAAGAAGAGGCAGACGAGGAGGAGGCACAAGAGGAGAAGCCAAAGCAAAGAACCGUAGAGGAGAAUCAGGUAGAAGCAACGAUAGAAAAGAAAACGCUAGACAAAGAAGAGGAAGCUGUGGUGUUAGACAUAAAACUCCCUGAGGUAAACGCAGAUGAGCAAAAAGUAGCCAAUGACACAAGUGCCGUUGCAGAAGAACAAAUAGAGAGUGAGGAGGCUAUAAGCAUAACGGUAGCGCUAGAUGGGAAGAAAGAUGAGGAGGAUGAGGCUGAAAAGAAAAGGACAGAAGAGAAGGAGAGGCUGGAGAGGGAGGAGGAAAGGGAGAGGCAAAAAGCAGAGGAGGAGAGAAAGAGGCUUGAAGAGGAGGAGAAAAGAGCAGCUGAGGAGAAGGAGAGGCUAGAAGCAGAAGAAAGGGAGAGGCUCAAAGCAGAGGAACGAAGGAAAGCUGAGGAGGAGAGAAAGAGAGUUGAAGCAGAAGAGAAAAGGGCGGCAGAGGAGAAAAAGAGGCGGGAAGCUGAGGAGAGGGAAAGGAUCAAGGCUGAGGAGAAAAAAGCAGCUGAAGAAAGAGAGAGGGCCAAGGAGAAGGAGAGGAAGGCGGCGGAAGCUAAGAGGGCAGCUGAGGAAAAGGCCAAGCAAGAAGAGGAGAAGUUAAAGGCAAAGCAGAAGGCAGAGGAGAAAAGGGUGGAUGAUAAGCUGGGGAAAGGGAAGAAGGGAGAAGAGAAGAAAAUAGAAGAGAAGCAGGUAAAAGAGAAGAAAGUACAAGAGGAAAAAACCCCAGCCGCUUCCCUAAGAAAACAGGGGGAAGAGGCUAAAAAGGAAAAGCUACAAGAAGAGAAACUCCGGCCGGCCUUCAAAAAAGAGGAGAUAAAAGACAGCAAAGUGAGCAAAGACAAGGCGCCAAAAGAUGAGGUCAAGCCCAGCUGGGAUCGCAAGAAGGGAAUCCCCGAGUCGAAGCCGCAGAACGGGGAGCGUUUCCCAGAACUCCCUGCUCACAAACUUAAGCAUACGGAGAAUGCUUUUAGCUGCAAAACUGGGAAUAAACAGCCAUUGUACUACGGCUUGAGAAUUCACCGUGAGCUCAGUAUCCCUAUUGCUCGUCGGAAGAUUCUGGAAGAAGAGGAGCAGAGGAGGAAGAAAGAGGAGGCCGACAGAAAAACUCGGGAGGAGGAAGAGAAGAGGCGGCUGAAGGAAGAGAUUGAAAGGAGAAGGGCAGAAGCUGCGGAGAAACGGCAGAAGAUCCCCGAGGAAGGCUUGUCUGAAGACAAGAAGCCUUUUAAGUGCUUCACCCCCAAGGGCUCCUCUCUCAAGAUAGAAGAACGUGCGGAAUUCUUGAACAAAUCUGCCCAAAAGAGUGGGUCGAAGCCUACUCCGACAGCCGUCGUCUCCAAGAUUGACAGCAGGCUUGAGCAGUACACAAGUGCAAUUGAGGGCACGAAGGCUGCCCGGCCUGUCAAGGCAGCCCCGUCUGACCUCCCGGUUCCUGCCGAGGGAGUCCGUAAUAUUAAGAGCAUGUGGGAGAAAGGCAAUGUGUUCUCCUCGCCCUCCGGCACAGGGACGCCCAAUAAGGAAACUGCUGGGCUAAAGGUCGGAGUCUCCAGUCGUAUCAAUGAAUGGCUAACUAAGACCCCAGAAAACAACAAAUCGCCUGCUCCAAAACCUUCAGACUUGAGACCCGGAGAUGUAUCUGGCAAACGCAACCUCUGGGAGAAGCAGUCGGUGGAAAAGGCCUCGUCUCCCACAAAGGUAACAGCAGCGGGGAAAAAGUCAGAGACCAAUGGUUUGAGACAAUUUGAAAAGGAACCCUAAAGAAGCCCACCGAUGAUGCUGGACCAACUCAGUUUUUUUUAAAAAAAACGGAAGUGCUAAAAUUUGUCUUUCUUUUUUUUAUAUAUAUUUAUG